GAAAAAAAUUCCUGGAAAGACCUCAACAGUGCUGACCAUGAUCAAUCCAACCUGGAGCAUCUUCCUAAUUUGGACUAAAAUAGGGCUAUUUCUUAAGAUGGCACCACAAUCUGUCAUGGCCAAAACCUGCCCUUCUGUGUGUCGUUGUGAUGCAGGAUUCAUUUAUUGCAAUGAUCGUGCACUGACAUCCAUUCCAAAAGGAAUCCCAGAGGACGCUACAACCCUCUACCUUCAGAACAAUCAAAUAAAUAAUGCAGGGAUUCCUUCAGAGCUAAAAAACUUGCUAAAAGUAGAAAGAAUAUACCUGUACCACAACAGUUUAGAUGAGUUUCCAACUAACCUCCCAAAGUAUGUUAAGGAAUUACAUUUACAGGAAAAUAAUAUAAGGACCAUUACUUAUGAUUCACUGUCAAAAAUUCCUUAUCUAGAAGAACUGCAUUUGGAUGAUAACUCUGUUUCAGCUGUUAGCAUUGAAGAUGGAGCAUUCCGGGAUAACAACUAUCUCAGACUGCUUUUUCUAUCCCGGAAUCACCUUAGUACCAUUCCCUGGGGUUUACCUAGGACUAUAGAAGAAUUACGCUUGGAUGAUAAUCGAAUAUCCACAAUUUCAUCACCAUCUCUCCAAGAUCUCACUAGCUUAAAACGCCUGGUUUUAGAUGGAAAUCUAUUAAACAACCAUGGAUUAGGAGAUAAAGUCUUCAUGAAUCUCGUCAAUUUAACAGAAUUGUCAUUGGUUCGAAAUUCCCUUACUGCUGCACCAGUAAACUUGCCUGGCACAAACUUGCGAAAACUUUAUCUUCAAGAGAACCACAUCAACCGGGUGCCCCCAAAUGCUUUUUCUUAUUUAAGGCAAUUGUACCGAUUAGAUAUGUCCAAUAAUAACCUAAGUAACUUACCUCAGGGGAUCUUUGAUGAUCUGGAUAACAUCACUCAAUUGUUUCUCCGCAACAACCCCUGGUACUGUGGUUGCAAAAUGAAAUGGGUACGAGAUUGGUUACAGUCAUUACCAGUGAAAGUCAAUGUCCGAGGUCUUAUGUGCCAAGCACCGGAAAAAGUUCGUGGAAUGGCCAUCAAGGACCUCAACACAGAACUAUUUGAUUGUAAGGACAGUGGGAUUGUAAGCACCAUUCAGAUAACUACUGCAAUACCCAACACACUCUAUCCUGCCCAAGGACAGAAGCCAGUUUCGGUGACCAAACAAUCUGAAGUAAAGAAUCCCAAACUCAGUAAGGACUACCGUACCACCGUAAGUCCGGUGAGGAAAAUUAUUACCAUUACUGUGAAAUCUGUCAGCACUGAAACCAUUCGUAUUUCUUGGAAACUUGCACUACCCAUGACGGCUUUAAGACUCAGUUGGCUCAAACUUGGUCACAGUCCUGCAUUUGGAUCUAUCACUGAAACAAUUGUCACAGGAGAUAGGAACGAGUACUUAGUCACAGCCCUUGAGCCAGAUUCACCUUAUCGAAUAUGCAUGGUUCCCAUGGAAACCAGUAAUCUCUAUCUCUCUGAUGAAACCCCAGUUUGUAUAGAAACUGAAACUGCACCCCUAAAAAUGUACAAUCCCACAACAACCCUUAACAGAGAACAAGAGAAAGAACCUUACAAAAAUUCCAAUCUACCUUUGGCUGCCAUCAUUGGGGGUGCUGUGGCACUAGUGGCCAUUGCCCUGCUUGCUUUAGUGUGCUGGUAUGUUCAUAGAAAUGGAUCCCUUUUCUCGAGGAACUGUGCUUAUAGCAAAGGGAGGAGGAGAAAAGAUGACUAUGCUGAAGCUGGAACAAAGAAGGACAACUCCAUCCUGGAAAUCAGGGAGACUUCAUUUCAGAUGUUACCAAUAAACAAUGAACCAAUAUCUAAGGAGGAGUUUGUAAUACAUACCAUAUUUCCACCUAAUGGAAUAAAUCUGUAUAAAAGUAACCACAGUGAAAGCAGUAGUAACAGAAGCUACAGAGACAGUGGUAUUCCAGAUUCUGAUCAUUCCCAUUCAUGA